AUGAAUUUGCCUAUUAUUAACCCUUUUAAUUGGGGGAUUCGAGGAACUGUAUCUCAACAUUUGUGGAAUAAUGAUAGAGUAUCAUUGACUCUCAAGGAUUCUCGCAUUGUCACUUUAGAUAAAUUUGUGAAUGAGAAUGUUCCUGGGUUAAAAGAUGGGGCGCGGUUUAAUUUAAAACCUUAUCUAUUUACUGGCAUUCUACAAACUUUUUACCUGGGGGCUGCUGAUUUUAGUAACAAGUUCACUGAAUUUUAUGGGAGAGAGAUAGUUCAUUACUCAGAUGGAGGAGUAUCAGCUGCUGAUUGGGCUAUGAACGAGUGGAAGAAGAGUUAUGCGCUUGAAAAUACUGGACAAUUUAAUAAGCAAAGAUUCGAGGAAGACGCAGCGAAGACACACCCUGAUAACUGGCCUCGUUUGCAUCCUCGCACAAGAUAUUUGAGUGAGGAGGAGCUAAAUGAAGUACAUAACGAUACUAGACCCUUAAUUGUUAUUCAACACGGGUUAGCAGGUGGUUCCCAUGAACCUGUUAUUAGAUGCUUGGUCAAAGACUUGAUGGAAUUAGGGAGAUUUAAUGUUGUGGUGCUGGCUGCCCGUGGAUGCGCACGUACUAAGGUUACGGUUAAGAAAUUAUUCGAUAUGGUUUCCACUGAUGAUUUACGUGAAUUUAUUAGAAGAGAACAUGAAAGGAUCCCAGGAAGGAAAAUUUAUGGUGUGGGAUUUUCAUUUGGCGCAACAUUAAUUGCUAACUACUUAGGAGAAGAAGGCACCGAUUGUCCACUAUCUGGUGUAGUAUGUUUAUCGAAUCCUUGGAAUAUGGCAGCCUCUUCUCAGAAAAUGGAAAACGACUUCUGGUCUAAAAAGCUGUUUUCAAAGGCGAUUGUAAACUUCUUAUUCAGAACAGUAAAGGCUAAUAUGGCAGAAUUGGAAUAUAAUGAGAAGGUGGAUGGACCUUCAUUCCUUGGGAAUCAUAAGAAGCCAUCACCCCAUGUUUUUACCAAUUCUAAUCUGGAAAUGGCAAAGAACUGUAGUUCAGUAGUUGAAUUUGAUGAAAUCUAUGCCGCACCAGCCUCAGGGUUUAAAACUGCUUUGGAUUAUUAUAAAAGUGGGGCCUCAUUGAACAGGUUAGGGAAGAUUAGAGUUCCUACUUUAGUAAUAAAUUCAUAUGAUGAUCCUCUUACCGGACACGAGUCGAUUCCUAUUAAGGAAGCAGAAGCAAACAGUAAUAUUCUGCUGUGUACUACUGACUUAGGUGGUCACCUAGCCUAUCUAGAUGCUAAUGACAACUCGUGGGUGACUCAGCAAAUUACGCAUUUCUUCGAUAGAUUAGAUGCGCUCACUGUUUAA